UCUUCAUUCCCACUUGCUCAAACCAAACCAAACCAGAGAGAGAGUGAAGAACAGAUAUAAUUGUGAAAAAGAAAGGACCCACCAGAUUCAAUUGCCACAAUCUUCAAGGAAUACACCAUGUGCAAGUUUUAAAUGCAAUCAAAGAUUCAAUACAAUCUUCAUCUCCCUCAAAUUCCCAGGCCUUGUUCGAAAAGAAGAAGAAGAUGAUGAUGAUGAUGAUCACAAUCUCUUAUCUCACUGUUCUUCAUACCCUUUGAUCAAUUAUUAAUUCCCAGAUAAUCUACUCAAAUGGGUUUCACUAGAUUCUUCCUGUUUCAACUAUAUUGUUCAUGGGUUUUCUUCAUUUACAGUUCUCAUUCCUUACAAUCAUCUCAAACUCAAAUUCUUCAUCAACUAAGGAAGCAAUUGGAAUACCCAAACAGUCUUGAGAUUUGGAACACCACCAGCGCCGCCAUUGAUUUGUGUUUUUUAUCAUCUCUUCAAGUAAACAUCUCUUGUCAAGACAACUCUGUAACUGAGAUUAGAAUCCAUGGUGACAAGGUGAGGCAACAAUCUGAUUUAUUAAGAUUCAAAGGGUAUGCAAUUCCAAACCAAACUCUCUCUGAGAGUUUCUCAAUGGAUUCAUUUUUCACCACUCUAGGUAGAUUAAACAGUUUAAGGGUUCUUAGUUUGGUUUCACUUGGAAUUUGGGGUUCAAUUCCUGAUAAGAUUCAUAGACUUGAUUCUCUUGAAUAUUUGGAUCUUAGUUCAAAUUUCUUGUUCGGUUCUAUUCCUUCUGGGAUUACAAGAAUGGUGAAUCUUCAAACCCUUGUUUUAGAUGACAAUUUCUUUAAUGGGUCAUUACCUAAUGGAUUAGAUUCUUUAUCCAAUCUACAAAUCUUAGAUUUGAGUUUGAAUAAAUUUGAUUCUCAACUCCCAAUUCUCCCCAAGAACAUAACCACAGUUUCCUUGAAUAACAACUCGUUUUCCAGCAUCAUUCCUCUGCAAUAUACCUCGUUAGAUCAAAUUCAACGGUUGGAUUUAUCGUUUAAUUCCUUAACUGGAAAUCCCCCAUCUGGGCUUUUCUCAUUGAAGAACAUCAGUUACUUGAAUUUGGGUUUUAACAAUCUCAGUGGAUUGCUUCCUGUUGAUUUGAUUUGCAGUAAUAGUAUUGAAUCUGUUGAUAUAUCUAAUAACAACAUGAAAGGAUCUUUACCUUCAUGUUUGGUAACUGCAAAGAGUUCUAAAUACAAUCGGAAUUGCUUUUCGAAUGGUUUGGAUCAGAAACCGGAAUCUGAUUGUGCUGAAACUGUUGAGAGAAGAAGGAGAAGAAGAUCGAAUGGAAAAAAGAUUGGUGCUUUGGUGGGGAUUAUCGGGGCAGUGUUAGUUUUCGUAAUGGGUAUUCUUUGGUUUGGAUUUGGUUUGAUUUCUAGGGUUCUUGGCUCGAGAGAGACAUCAGAGAAACACUUGUUGCAAAAAUCUGGAGAAGAUAAUAAUUCAGUUAGUGGUUUCAAUACUAAUGUUCUAUCUACUGCAAGAUAUAUAUCUCAGGUGGGAAAAGGAAGUGAAGAAGGGGUUCAUUCUCAUCGUUUGUUUUCACUUGAAGAAUUAAUGGAAGCUACCAACAAUUUCAAUGAUUCUACAUUAAUGGGUGAUGGCUCUUCCUAUGGAAAGCUCUACAAAGGAAGAUUAGAGAAUGGGACCAAAGUAGUCAUAAGAUGUUUUUCGGUUUCAAAGAAAUACACAAUGCGAAAUCUCAAGCUCCGGUUAGACCUUCUUGCAAGGCUUAGGCACCCACACUUGGUUUGUUUCUUAGGUCAUUGCAUCGAUGGUAGUGGCCGAACAGAAUCUGAUGAUACAGAAAAGGUUUAUCUUAUAUAUGAAUAUGUUUCCAAUGGAAACUACUCUUCCAAGCUUUCAGAUAAUGGACUCGAAACAGCUCUCAAGUGGCCAGAUAGACUGGCGGUUCUUGUUGGUGUUGCAAAGGCGAUUCACUUUCUACACACUGGGGUUAUCCCCGGUUUCUUCAAUAACAGGCUGAAAUCCAAUAAUAUACUUCUUAACGAACAUCGAAUGGCGAAGCUGAGUGAUUACGGUUUCUCUAUUAUAGCCGAUGAAAUUGGCAAAUCUGAGGGAAAGGGAGAUGGUGUAAAAUCAUGGCAAAUGAAGUUCUUGGAGGAUGAUAUCUAUAGCUUCGGUUUCAUACUACUUGAAUCCCUAGUUGGUCCUUCUGUAUCAGGAAGGCGAGAGGCCUUCAUGUCGAAUGAAAUGGCAUCAUUGGGAGACCUGGAUAACCGAAAGAAAAUUAUAGAUCCGGUUGUUCUUGGCUCUUGCUCACAGGAAUCAUUGACUAUUGCGAUAUCAAUAACCGAGAAGUGUAUCAAUCCUGGCUCAAUUACUCGCCCAUCGUUCGAAGAUGUGUUGUGGAAUUUACAAUAUGCAGCUCAGGUUCAGGCUAAUGCUGAUGGAGAACAGAGGUCUGAACCACUGCCAAGAUGAAUCUUAAGGAUCUAAAAGUUUGCAAAUGAAAAGAGUCUUUGUGAUGGUUACUUUUUUGAAACCUAGAAAGUUGUAAAUUUGUGUUAUCUCUUGUCUGACAUUUUUCACAAUUUUAUAAAUAAUUGAUUAACAUACGUAAUAAAUCAUUAUUAUCAAAUAUUACUAUUAUAACUUUUCCUAGA